GCCGCCUUUGCCUCCCCUUUCCUUCUUCUCCGCCGUCGAUCGAUGCCGCUCUUCUGCAAGAACGGCGCCGGCUUUCUUGCCGCCGCUGUGUCUUCCACUGUGCUCCUGCUGUUCCUCGACGCCUUCUCGCUGCCGCCCGCCUCGGCGCUCGCCGUCGGGCUCGCGCGCCACCGCCGGAAAGACGCCUUGAGCUGCGACGUCUUCAGCGGCAGCUGGGUCCGCGACGAUGGCAGUACUGGCGCGGCGUACACCGGGUACAACUGCCCGGUCAUCGACGCGGAGUUCAACUGCCAGCUGUACGGCCGGCCGGACUCCGACUACCUCCGGUACCGGUGGAAGCCGGCCGGCUGCGAGCUACCCAGGUUUGACGGCGCGGACUUCCUGACGCGGAUGAAGGGGAAGACGGUGAUGUUCGUCGGCGACUCGCUCGGCCGGAACCAGUGGGAGUCGCUCGUCUGCCUGCUUCACGCCGCCGCGCCGCAGUCGCCGGCGCAGCUCGUGUCCGUGGACCCUCUCUACACGUACAAGUUCCUGGAUUACGGUCUGGUGGUAUCGUUCUACCGCGCGCCGUACCUGGUGGACAUCGACGUGGCCCAGGGGAAAAAGGUGCUACGGCUGGACGACAUCUCCGAGAACGGCGAGGCGUGGCGCGGCGCCGACGUGCUGUCCUUCAACUCCGGCCACUGGUGGACGCACACCGGCGCGCUCCAGGGGUGGGAUUACAUGGGCGCGGACGGGCAGUACUACGAGGACAUGGACCGGAUGGUGGCGUUCCAGCGCGGGAUGGCAACCUGGGCCAACUGGGUGGACGCCAACGUCGAUCCAGCCAAGACCCGUGUCUUCUUCCAGUCCAUGUCCCCCACACACUACAGCUCCAAGGAGUGGGCUAGCCCGGUGUCCAAGAACUGCUACGGCGAGACGGCCCCGGCCGCCGGGGUGAACGCGACGGCGCCCCCGCUGGCGACGUCGGGGCAGGACCGGGUGAUACAGGCCACGCUGCGGUCGAUGAAAAGCCAGGUCCGCCUCCUCGACAUCACGGCGCUGUCGGCGCUGCGGAAGGACGCACACCCGUCGGUGUACAGCGGCGACCUCUCGCCGGCGCAGCGCGCCAGCGGCGGCGGCUCGGCGGACUGCAGCCACUGGUGCCUCCCCGGCCUACCGGACACGUGGAACCAGCUCUUCUACGCGCUGCUCUUCUACCGAUAGCGCCACCUCCCGCGCUGGGCCGGCCGGUGGCUCUCACUUGGCUGCAGCAAGCAAAAGCAACGCCAAUUUCGUUUCUAUUGUGUAACGAUCUUAAUUUAGUGCGAGGUGAGGCGUGGUGAUUCAUGACGGUAGGCACGCAUGCUUGAGAAGAAUGUACAAUCAUUGAUCUUGCACUGCCAAAUUGUAGUGCGAAUGUCUGUACUAGGAUCUGUCAGUGAUCUAACUGAUCUGCGCUAAUCGUUGGAAUACUAAUUGAAUUUUUAACAAUGAGCAAACGCAU